AUGUAUUUCACUGAUAUGAGUUUGAAGUGGAAUUACGACGACGUUGCCUUUCCUAGUAUUGAAGGUGAUUGCACCGGAAGACUCUUUAAAGUUGAUGUUUUAACCAAAAACACCGAACUCAUUCUGGAUAGUUUGUGUCUACCAAACGGAAUUGAAAUUGUGACAAAUGAAACUCAUGUUCUUCUGUCCGAGAACAAUUAUCGACGCCUUACAUUGGUCAACCUCGAAUCUGCGAGAGUUGUGCGACACAUCCCACUCCCGGCUGGGCCAGACAACAUACGGAAAGGAAAGCACGGCGAAUUUCGGGUUGCAAUACCAUAUAUACCAGAGCCAGGACAUUUUGUGACGUGGAGUCCUGUAUUCCGCCAGAUAUUUGCCGGGGCUUUAGGAUCGGGAUGCGCUUUGACCAACUUCAACUUAACCCAAGGAGUGGCUGUGAAGUUGAAUAAAAACCUUGAACCAGGAAGUAUCCAUUUGGACUUGGAAGGCAAACUGUCCCAAGCUGUCACAAAAGUAUCUGAACUGAGCGACGGAACACUUGUAGUCGGAUCUUUCAUCUCAAAUGGAAUUGCUUUGGUUAACCCUUUACCUCCUCUAGUGGAUCAUCCUUUGGUGGAUGUUUCUAUCUAG